UCUUAUUAUCUUAUCUAUAAUAAUAUUCAUAUAAAUUAUAUAUAAAAAAAAAAGUUUGUAAAUAAAAAAUAACAUUACCUAAUAUUUUAUUUAAUUGAUUUUUUAGAUCAUUCGUAUGAGUGCAAAAGCAGAGUAUAUGCGAAAAUUUAGAAAAGUUGUUAAAGAUGCAAAUAAUUGCUUUGAAUGUGAACCUCCUGUGUUAUCAAAUUCUUGAUAACACAGGAGAAACUGAUAAUUUAUUUAAUAGUGAUACCUAUUAAAACUGAUAAUUUAUUUAAUAGUGAUACCUAUAGACUUGACAUUGACAUAGUACCACCUUACAGUAGUUCCGAUGAAGAAAAUUGUGAUAUAGAUGAUAUUGACAUCGACAUAGUACCACCUAAUAGCAGCUCAGACGAUGAACAUUAUUGUGAUAUAGAAGUUGUUGGCAAUAGAUCUUUUCAAUACGAUCUAGCUCAAUGGAUUGUUAAUGCAAAACUCACAUGUUUAUCAUGUAAUGGUUUGCUAGCCUUGUAGAGAAAACAUGGGUGCGAGCUGCCUAAAGAUAGCCGUACUCUUUUACAAACACCUCAAGCUAUACAAGUUCAGGAAAAAUGUGGUGGAAAAUACAUUUAUUUUGGCCUUACCAAAUGUUUACAGAAUUCAAUAAAUCAAGGCACUUUCAGCAAUAUACUCAAUCUGCAAAUAAAUGUUGACGGUAUAUCAUUGUUUAGAUAAUCGAAAAGACAAUUUUGGCCGAUUCUUUCUGCUGUUAAUCAUAGUUCACCCACAAGUGUUGCCUUAUAUCAAGGAGAUAGUAAGCCAAACUGUGUUAAAGAAUUCUUAAAGGAUUUUAUCGAUGAAUAUAAAUUUUUAAAAUGUAAUGGUGUCACUCAUAAUGGUAAAAAUUAUACAGUUAUUUUGCACUCAGUUAUUUGUGAUGCUCCAGCACGAUUUUUUCUGAAAAAUAUUGUUGGUCACAAUAGCCUGCAUGCAUGUGAACGCUGUCUUGCUGUUGGUACAUCAACUAACAGGCGAACAACGUUUGUUUCUUCUGAUUGCUUCAAUGCUGGAAGGCGUACAGAUGACAGUUUUAAAAAUCUUGAAUUCCUUAGAAGUCAUCAACACGGAGCUUCGCCUUUCAAUGAAAUAACAGACCAAUGUAUCAGCAUUAUUUCACUUGACUAUAUGCAUUUGAUAUGCUUAGGUGUUGUACGUCGUAUACUUCAAACAUUGAAAAAAGGUAAUAGAAAAGUGAAAUUAAGCAAAAACAACAUAUUGCAAGUUUCUGAAAACCUUUUGGAUUUACGAAAAUGCAUACUAAGUGAGUUUGUUAGACGCCCUAGAUCUUUGUUGGACCUUUAUAGAUGGAAGGCCACUGAAUUCCGGCAAUUCUUAUUAUACACAGGACCUAUUGUCUUAAAGGGAAUUUUGAAUUCUGAGCUUUACAAACAUUUUUUAACACUUUCUGUUGGUGCAUCAAUUCUACUCACACCAUCAAAUGACAAAAGAAAUAACAUGUUGAACUAUGCAAAAGAUUUGCUUAGACAUUUUGUUGAGAAUUCUCAAAAAUUAUUUGGUAAUGAUUUUGUUGUAUUCAAUAUUCAUCAUUUGCUGCAUAUAGGAGAUGAUGUAGAGUUUUUUGAUUUACCACUUGAUGAGAUCAGUGCUUUUCCUUUUGAAAAUUAUUUGCAAACAUUAAAAAGAUAUGUAAGAGGCUCUUCAAAUCCUGCUGUACAAGUAGCAAAAAGAAUUCAAGAAUAUGAAAAUGCCCAUAAAUACUCUGAAAUUACAAAUGCAACAACACUGGUCUUUAAAUUGUCAACAACAUAUAGAGAUUCAUUUGCACAACUAAAAAAUGGACAAUUUGUGGAGUAAAAUGUCAUAUCACCGGGCUGUUUGGUUGGAAGAAAAUCGUGAGGAAGAAGGAGUCUUGCCAUCUGCAUGGGUGCGGGGAAAAGUAGUUAUGUGGCCCCCAUCCAAAAUGAAUGCGUUUAAAUUAAUGAAAGGAGUAGAACCUAAUGAAAAUUGGCGACUUUUUAAACUAAUAAAAAUAAAAAUUACUUCAGAUUGCUACGAGGAUUGUAAUAAUUAUGAUUUAACUACAGAAACUGAAGAAGAUAAUCAGCAAGUUUCAAAAAAGCGCAAGCGUACUGCUUGUACAAGUUUUUUUGAAGGCGAGGAAGAAGUUGAUGUUGAUAUUAAUACAGAAAUAAAACUAUAUACAUUUCCACAGCCACCUGCUAAAUUAGGCAAAAUGUUACCAUCAAAUAUUUCACUAUAUAAAAAGGUUGUGGAUGUGGUACCACAAGGAUAUAAAAGUGAUCAUGCAACUAAACUAUCACCAAUUCCACAGUCACCUGGUCUUUCAAGCUGUUAUUCUAAGAUACCUUCAUUCAAAUCAAGCAUGGUGACUAUACCAAAAGAAAAUAAAAUGGAUUAAUCAACUAGCCAAUCAGCACUUUCUCCUUUUCUGUUACCCCGAAAAUUUGAUUCUAAAAUACCAAUAUUCAGACAGAGAGCUGCCACAUCAAAAGACAAUGUAAUAGAUCGAUCAAGUAAUACUUAAUUUUUAACUUAAGUGUAAUAUCCAAGGGAUUUGGUAAAUAUUAGAGAUAUCUAGAAUUAACUGUAAUAAUGA